AUGACGGCGGCACGCUCCAAGAAGCGCACGGCCAGCCUGGACGACAGCGACGACCAGCAGGCCGGCGUCUCCAUGUCUCCGAGUGAUGGCUCGCCCGGCAGCGGGUCGGGCGGUGGCUCCGUGACCAACGAACCGAAUGGCGACGUUUCCGCAAACGGCACAGCAAGGGGCUCGGGUGGCGCGCCGCCGCUGCGCAAACGCAAGCGCCGUGUCGUGUCAUGCGCCGAGUGCCACCGGCGAAAGCAAAAGUGCGACCGCAACAUGCCGUGCAAGGCCUGCAUCGACCGCAAGAUGGAGGCCAGCUGCCACUACGAGACCGUCGCCAUGUCGCGCGAACGACACCACAUGCGCGUCCUUGAGGCCGCCUCGUACGGCCGCGCGCUGCAGGCCGGCGGCUCCAUACCCGUGAAGGCGGCUGGUUUCGGAUACGCACAAAGCGCCGCCAACACUCUUGGAUUCCUAAAUCGGCUCGACGGCGGACGUGGCAGCAAUGUUGCGGGCGGCGGAGAUGUCGGCGAGCAGUGGGGGCCGGACGGCAAAGGGCCGUCCGCAGGCGGCAGCGGCACAGACAGCGCGACCCUCGCCAGUAUGGUAUCGGAAAAACUGGACGGUUCGGCCGUGGUACCAACGACGGAAGCCGCACAUGCUGCUGCAAUGGCCCAGCAGCGGUUUUACUACCAGCAGAACGGUACCUCCCAGUUUCCAGCGAAGCAGACGACAACACAGCAGCAGCAGCAGCACGAGUCCCACAAGCUCAUCCACUCCCAACACCCCUCGUUUGACCACCAACUCCACCAGCGGCCGCAGAUUGGCGAUCCCUACGGCACAGCGGACCGAUACCGAGCCCUCGUCCGCGAGCUGCCACCACGCGCCGCCAUCGACCGCCUCGUCGACACCUACUUCAAGGAGUACAACUGGAACUACUAUGCCAUUGACGAAGACGUCUUUGAAAAGCAGCUCAAUGACUGGACUGACGUCGCCAUGGGUCCCUUUGGAACGCUGCAAUCGCCGAACCAGCUGUCCCCGGACCUGCGCGCAUUCCCCGCGCUUCUCUUCAACGUCAUGGCCAUGGGCCUGCUCAUGCUCGAACCGAACAAUGAGGAGCACAUGGCGUUUUUUGACGGAAUCAAGCAUGCCAACAAUGCCACCGGCGAGGACCUGGCUCUGGACUACUCCGAAGCUGGCAUGGGCAUCUUGUCGCUUCUGGGCAAGCGGCAAAUGUCGUUUACGACGGUGUUGGCUGCGUUUGCACGAGGCGCUUUCCUGAAAUAUGUGGCCCUCAUUACGGAAGCUGUAUGA